UCGCCCGGUUCGGAGAAGCGCUCAAAACACGCCGACAAGAUCCGGGGCUAGGAAGUGUAAAUCCGCGUUCCGUAGCUUCUGCUGUUAUCAGGUUCAACGGUAAUUGGCAGAGGAGCAAUCCAACGUUUCGUGUGCAUUUACCAGCAAGGAUAGCAGUGUAUCCCGGUGGUUCUAUACGAUCAAUUUAACAGCUGGGAGUGUGUUUGUGAAAUUUGUGCAACGCAUGGUUACAACAAUGAGUUUAUCGGAUGCUACACUUGCCUUGUAACUCAUUCAUGCGACCCAUUGUGCGUGUGAUUUGACUUGGGCAAAUAAAUUUAACUAACGGUCAACUGUAAAGCGAAGAGGAAGCAUUAAGAGGAUUUCCCCCGUUUUCCGGCCCAGUACCACUAGUCCAGGUGUGCUCGUGAUCGCGUGUGCUUCCGUUGUUGAGCGUGUACAUGCCGGGCCGGGAACAUCGGAAUUGGUGUCGCGCGUGCAUCGCUCUCGGACGUUCAAAAUCGUCCUCCAUCAUCGGCGCGAGCUCGUGACAGUUCCCGAGGGUACCGAAUAUCGUCAUCCUCGUUACCAUCUUUGCUAAUAGCGUCGAAACGCUAAACGGUGUUCGCCAGUAGCUUAGUGUGAGAUUAGGAACACCGCAACACCCUGUGCUCCCGGUGCAAUUUGCUCACAACCCUCCCAGUGUCCCCGGCCAGCAUACCGGGCGAGUGCAGCGAGCGUGUACUAUCAACACCCGGAACCUACCGUACCAUAGUCCCAGCGCUCCCGGAGCGAAAUCAUGAAGAAAACUAUUAUCAAGAUGCCUUCGGAGGAAGGGAAUGCUUCCUCCCAGUCGUCUAGCGGCGACACGAAGCGCAAGGUCAGCAUCAUCACCGAACCGGUCGUCGAGCGAUUAGGGCACGAUAACUUGGGCUUUGAGCAGAACAAACGCAAAAUAUCGCAGCAAUCGCACCAUUCCGAGGAAGGCCCGGCACGAAGAAAAAGUCACCUGCAUAACAAUAACUUUGACACCUCGUCCAUCCACAGUGAUCGCUACAACGGUGAGGCUGGUGGUCGUGCCAAAAAGCAGUCGUUCUCGGAAGCGUUGGAGAAGAUCGAGCGGGAUUACGAUAACUCCCGGUUGGAGCAGUCGUGGAUCUAUUCACUGUGCAUGCGAUGUCGGGUCGAGUACACAACGCCCUCGUGGGAACCGCCAGGCUGGCAGAAAAUUUGCCCCUAUCCCCUGUGUCCAUCCUACCGCCAGUUUGCCCGGAUUCUGUCGAUCAUUCUUAUAGGUGUACUACUAUGGAUUACGGCGUUUGUCAUUAUCGGCGAUUCGGCAGCCCCCGGUGGACAGCUGUUCCAGUUGGUGGUGCUAACAGUGGCUGCCAACUUUGGCGGUUUUCUAAUCUCGCUAACCACGUUACCACGGUUGAUAGGCAUGCUGAUGGUGGGCAUACUGUUUCAGAAUGUUGGCUGGGUCAAUCUGGACGGUGAGUUCCAGAUCGUGACUGCCGAACUGCGCAAGCUAGCCCUGGUCAUCAUUCUCGUGCGCGCCGGACUGGAGAUGGAUCCGACCGCAUUCAAAAAGAUCUACAAAACCAUACUGAAGCUCGGUUUGAUUCCGUGGUUCGUCGAGUGCUCGCUGAUUGCUGUUUGUGCAAGGUUCUUCCUGCAGCUACCGUGGAUGUGGAGCAUCCUGCUCGGUUCGAUCGUUGGUGCAGUGUCCCCGGCCGUCGUCGUGCCCUGUCUGUUCCGGUUGCGCACCAAGGGGUACGGUGUGGUGAAGGGCAUCCCAACUCUCAUCAUUGCGGUGGCCGGUAUUGACGAUGCGGUAUCGGUGGCAGGUUUUGGCAUCAUCUCCAGCAUCAUGUUCAGCACGCAAAGCCUCGGACUACAGAUUGCACAGGCUCCGGUGUGUAUCAUAGGAGGGCUUGGGUUCGGAGUCGUGUGGGGCUUCCUGUGCAAGUAUGUGCCCGAACCCGGAGAUGCGUAUGUGGUACCGAUUCGCACACUGAUGCUGUUCGGUGGGGGACUGCUCGCGGUGUUUGGCAGUGAGGAGAUCCAUUUCGAGGGAGCCGGACCGCUGGGAGUUGUGUUUGCCGCGUUCACUGCGUCCUACUUUUGGUGUGGACAGGGCUGGGAGCUGGAAGAUAAUCCGGUAUCUACAGCGUUUGAAAUUUUCUGGAUGAUUUUCGAACCGAUUCUGUUCGGAAUUACUGGUGCUUCCGUUAAGAUCGCUGAACUGGAUCCUCACAUUGUAUCGAUCGGUGUCGGCAGCAUUUACGUGGUUGCUGUGAUCCGUAUCCUGACGACGGUAGCAAUCGCUUUUGGAGAUAAGCUAAACGUCAAAGAAAAGAUCUUUGUUGCCAUUUCCUGGAUGUCGAAGGCGACAGUACAGGCAGCCCUCGGACCGGUCGCGCUGAAGACAGUGAUGUCGAACGAAAACCGUACAGAAGAAGAAGUUCACUAUGCCGAACUGGUAAAGAUGGUUUGCAUCUUGAGCAUCAUACUAACGGCACCGCUCGGAGCCAUUCUCAUAUCCGUGACCGGCACCAAGCUGCUCAAGAAAACGAAGCAACAGCUUGAGCCCAUGGAUGGUACGUUGGGCUGGCGACGAAGCCAUCGACCCUCACUGCACGACAUCAGCAUCAUCGACGAGGAGGAAGAGCGGGAAGAUAUUGAGGGAAUUGCGGACGAGGAUACGGCUGCCAAUACGCUGUCCAACGCCCAAACGGCAACAGCGUUCACCAUCACGAAAUAGAUCACUCUUGAAGACGGCAGCACGACACACUUGCUAAUCGAUGGACAGACGCUUCCGUUGUCCUGUCUUGGAGAUGUGCGCACAGAAACAAAGUAAACCAAGAAGUGAAGAAGUAGCGACUGUGGUUUGCUGCAUUCGUCAUAGAGCAAGGAGGAACUGAUUGCUUUGGCGGUAUCAACAGUCGGUGUAGUUAGCAUUCAAAUUAGUUUAAAUGUAAUAUGGCUUUGCUGUAGCGUUGCUAGUGUAGGACAAUGACCACCCUAUUACGUACUACAUUCCAUGCUAAUCCCAGGCUCAACGAUAUCUUUCAAUGUUGGUGAAUGUGAUCAUUUGUAGAUAAAAGAACGUUUUCACAAUUGUAUACAUUCCCAAAUCUUUUACCCGCUAGACAGUAAUAGUGUUGUAGUGAGGCAUUAGCAACGAUCCGGCAGGAUCGUUGAUAGUUUGGAGUACAGAAUGUUGAAACAGAACGAACGAACGAAUCCGGAUGGUUGGGAAGAUUUGUUUAGCAAUGGGAAACGCGAUCCCAUACAAUUAGGUUAUUUUUUGUUUUUUUUUUUUUAAUCAUAAAUGAAAUAGUACUCGCAAACGCGCUGUAGGUAGCAUAUAGCACUGUUAUAGCUCAUUAUUGUUGUAUGAAAAUGAAUGUACUGUAAGAUGUUAAUAGUACUUACUA